AUUGGAUUAAAUUGUAUUCUUCAUUUCUACUUAAACAUGAAAGCAUGGAAACUAGCGUAUUGAUUUGAAGUGAUCUUAUGUAUUGACGAGUUGUUUUGAAGCGUAGGAAGUUUAUACGGAUAAUAUGUUGCAUUGACAAUUAAUAGGCGGCUAUGAAGCUCUCACUAAAGAAGAGCUGGUUGUGCAGGUUGAUUCAGGAUCUGAGUCCCACCACCGCAGGAUCCUCGAGGGGCAUCGUCAACAACGGCGUCACCAAAUACGGGCACCUAGAUGAUCUGCCAAUGGCGAUAAAAAUAGUAGGGUUAUCCUUUGCAGUAUUCGGCGUCGCAGCAACUCUGUACUUGUCGUGCUCAUGCAUUCUAUCAAUUCCGAGUUCUCAACCGCCCGUGGAAAAUCCUCCAGGCAGCAUUACAAAUGACGAUACAAGCGAGGACACGUGCUCAACUACACUUCCCCUGAUCGAUGACGUCAUCACACGAUUACAUAUCCUCGAAAUCGCUUUCAAGGAGCAGACAUUUGCUAGGGAAACCAUAGCUAGAGAGGUGAGCGAUCAGACGAAUACCUAUGAAUCGUUGGAAAAGAAGAUAGCAAGCGUCUUAGACCGACUGACCAAUAUAAGCAGUUUGUUUUCAGACCUUCAAAUGAAAUUUGAUCAGCUAGAGAGAAAAGCUAAUUUCAACGAGACACUGGUUAUUGCUCUGUUUCUGUGCAUCGUGUGUUGCCUCUUAUGGUAUAAUCGUAAGUCGAUACAUGAAUAUGUGGAGAAACUCGAGGCGUCUUACAGAUCGCCUAUACCCAAGAAGAUAGAAUCGACACGGGUUUUGGUCAGGAAGAGCUCAUCAAAUCCGGGAACUCCAAAACAUUCGUCAUCGUUGCUUAAUGAAGUCUGUAUGGUUUGCUUUCAACCUGAAAAUACAAACGGCAUAAUUGCUAAGCUGACAAACGCCAUGCUCCGUCAUCUCGAGGGUUUCCGAGUCUCUCUUCGUCCAUUUUAUGGCGUGUUGUCCUUCGAUGAUAUCCGAGAUAUGCCGCAUGUUCGUCUAUACGUAAUCAUAGUUGACGCAGAGUCACGUGGGUUAUUUCUCAACUGUUCGGACAAAGAUCUGUUGGUUGAAUGUGUUAAUCGUUCCAACACUAUCGGAGCCUGCUGUGUGGUCAUCAUUAUAAACGACGAUGGUUCGAAGAACCUCACAGCUCACAGCGUUUUCAACUCCUCUCUGCGCCUAAUCAAGACGAGCGACUGCUUGCAGGACAUGGCGGCAAAAGGUCGCCUUUUCAGCUUGUGGAAGGAUAUGACGUCACACCAGCUGAGUCACCUCAGACGCAUCGUUAAAACUGUGCUCAAUGCAAAGCUCGUGCUUAAGUAGGAUGAAGUAGUCAACUGGAUAAGUCAGACACAUCCUAUUUUGUAGCAACUGCCUGUAUUAAACUUAAUGCAUGCCGUACUUAAUGCACUCAAUUGAGUUUGUUUGAUAAUGUAGGUUUAUCUAUUAUGAGCAGGCUACUUCGUAUGUGUCAGCUCAUAUAUGUUUUAAACGUCAAAGCUAUUGUUCAGUAUAAUUGUUUAAAGAGCCAUUUGAAUUUAUAAGGCCGUAUGGUAUUUCUUGUUUUUACAAUUUUGCCUUAAAAUAAAGUAUCUUUGCACCUGAAAAAAAAAACGUCAUCGGUUUGUAGUGCAUAGUUUCCUUAAUUUACUACAUAAAUAUUUCAAUACGGUUAAACGGAACUAUUGAAGUCUUUGGCGUAAUUUUAAC